UUUUGUUUUCACUCCUCUUUGGUACAAUGCUAACUCACUUAGCACGGCAGCUAGUGGAGAGAAAGGCAGAAGCUGUCAACUUAUACAGUAAAGUAGAAUAUCUAACGUUAAUUUUCUUUUAACCUAUAAACCUACAAGACCCAGUUUGAGAUUAAGCCCGCGUUUUGAAACGUAACUCGAGCUCACUUACGACCAGUUUUUACCUUGUGUUGUUUACUAGUUACUAGCAAAGGUGAGCUAUGUUUACAGAGCUCAACAGCAUCUUGAACAGCACUCCCGACAGCUUCACACAGGGAGAAUUCAUCUUGGUCUCAGACAGACGGAGUGAUGCCUCUUUCCUCAUUCACCACUUCCUCUCUUUGUACCUGCGAGCUCGCUGCAGAGUUUGGUUUCUGGGUCUGGUGCAGUCCUUCAACCACUACAGUGCUGUCAGCCAGAGACUGGGUGUAAGCCUUGCACAAGCAAAGGAAAAGGGGCAGCUGGUUUUCCUGGAGGGCCUGAAGGAGUCGUUGUCUGUUUUAAUUCCUCAAGAAACAAACACAGGAAGUCAAGCCAUGGACUUCCUCAGGGAUCCUGCUGUUGGCCUGAAGAGUCUGUACGAGUUUGUCCGGUCCAGUGUGAGCAGUUCCAGUGGCAGGGACGAGGGGGCGGAUGGGGCGGAGGAGUGGGGACCCCCGGUGUUGCUGGUGGACGACCUCAGCGUGCUUCUGAGUCUGGGGGUGAGCGUUGGAGCUGUGUUGGACUUCAGCCACUACUGCAGAGCCACCGUCUGCUCCCAGCUACAGGGUAAUGUGGUGAUGCUGGCACGCUGCGAUGGGGAAGAAGAGGAGGACGACGAAGAUGAUGAGGGCUCAGAGAGACUUCUGAAGGGCCUGACCCACCAGUGUAGCCUCACUCUUCAUGUACAGGGUCUCCCUACUGGCUACUGCAGGGACAUUCACGGGCAGGUGGAAGUGUGUUGGAGGAGGAGACAAGGCGAUGGGCAGCACGCACAGAAGAAAGUCUUUCAGUACAAGGUCCACGAUAAAGGUGCCUCCUUCUUUGCUCGCGGGACAUCCAGCGCCGUCCUCUAGUGCCACUUUUCAACCUCUCCGUUUGCCUUUUUUUUUGUCUCUUCUCUGGCACGUGACAAAUGACUGUUAUAUUUCAAAUACCAUACAGAUAAUACAGAUGUUAACAGUGGUUGGUAGACUUCACCAGCCAGAGCCAAGCUUUACGCUUUGGUGCUCGCUCGUGUCACCGACCCAGUCUGGGAAGAACACCGUGAUCCUGCCAGCUGAUAGUCUGGUUCCAGAUCUCUGUGUUGCUGCUCACUACUCUGAUUUCUUUCAGCUUUUCUAUUAAGACCGUCUGAUGGUCAGGCUGCUCUGCUGAAGGCGUGACUACAGACUCGUGUUAUUAUUUGGUCACUAUGUGAGUUGUGUUUGUGUGUUGACAGCAUGCUAUAAAUGCAGACCGUUUACAUUUGUAAUGGUUAGUGAACAUUUUGUUGGACAGUGGAUGGACUGAUUAUUUUGCUAUAUUCACAGAGCCUUCACUCUCUCAGUCUUGUCCUGCGUUAGAAAAGUAUGCAGUUAAAACAACCACGGUGCUAAUAGAACAAUGGCCAAGCAUCAGGGAGAAGAAAACACUGAAUUUGUCCCCAAAAAAAAGCCUAUUAAAGUAUAUGUGUGAUUCUUAAAAAAUAGAUAAAUAAAAUAAAAAUAUACAUAAUAACUGACAGAAUAUUGUAUACAAAGUUCCUAAAAGUAUCAAGAAAACUGUCUUUAAUACAAUAUUCACAGGAAAUAAUCUGCUGCUCUGUGUUCACUGUACAGUUCAUCAGUUGUUCUGUACUGUUAUUGUUCGCCAUUAUAAUAUAUAUAAUAUGAAAUAUUAAAGAUAUGUUGUUUAGUCAGGGGUCGGCUGUUGACUCUGAUAAAAAAAAGGUUGAGAACCACUGCUGUAGACCAGUACAUUGGUGACAGGGAGUGCUGGUAUUUGGCCAAGAGAAUAAUAAUAAUAAUGAGUAAAAAUGGUGAAAUGAUGAAUAAAGAUGAUUAUUUCCA